UCCACUUGUGCCGGUCAUACCCAGUGAUUGAGUUCAGUUUGGGUUAAGUUCUCGACUUGUCAAGACGUUUUCUUCUUAAAAAAAUAUAGUAUUUAAAUAAAUAAAGUUGAAGAUUUUUUGUUUUCUUAUUAUUCUAAAUGAAUUGGAAAAUUCACACUUUAACUGGGCUUUUAGCCUUAGCAUUGUGCGUCUCAGCUCGACCUCAAGACGCACCUAGGAGUACUUCUGGAUAUGUUGGAACCAAAUGUGGAUACGAGAGUUGCCAUCCAACAAAACCGAAUAUGCUUAAUGUACACAUAGUUGCACACACUCAUGACGAUGUUGGUUGGCUGAAGACCGUCGAUCAAUACUAUUACGGCAGUCAGACAUUGAUUCAAAAAGCUGGUGUUCAAUAUAUCAUUGAUUCUGUUGUUCAAGAACUUCUACGAGAUCCCAAGAAAAGAUUCAUUUAUGUGGAAUCAGCGUUCUUCUUCAAAUGGUGGAAAGAACAAACUCCUGAACUUCAAGAACAAGUGAAACAACUUGUAAGUGAAGGUCGUUUGGAAUUCAUCGGAGGUGCUUGGAGUAUGAAUGACGAGGCUACAACUCAUUAUCAAAGUAUUAUUGAUCAAUUUUCAUGGGGGCUAAGACUCCUCAAUGAUACAUUCGGAGAAUGUGGUCGUCCAAAGAUCGGUUGGCAAAUAGAUCCUUUCGGACAUUCUCGUGAAAUGGCAUCGAUUUUCGCUCAAAUGGGCUAUGACGGUUUAUUCUUUGGUCGACUUGAUUAUCAAGAUAAAACUGAUCGUUUGGUUGAGCAAAAAGCUGAAAUGAUCUGGAAAGCGAGUGCAAAUUUAGGAGAAUCAUCACACUUGUUCACUGGCGCCCUCUAUAAUCAAUAUCAACCACCACCGGGAUUUUGUUUUGAUAUUCUCUGCGCCGAUGAACCGAUUAUCGAUGGAAAACACAGUCCCGAUAACAAUGUUAAUCGCCGGGUUGAUGAGUUUUUUGAGUAUGUUGAACAUAUGGCAGAAGGUUAUCGAACUAAUAAUGUCUUGAUAACCAUGGGUGAAGAUUUUCAUUAUCAAAAUGCAAAUUCUUGGUAUAAGAAUCUUGACAAGCUUAUUAAGUACGGAAAUGAACGUCAAGCCAAUGGGUCUGAUAUCAAUCUUAUAUACUCUACACCUUCGUGCUAUCUCAAGGCUCUUCAUAAUGCCGGCAUUACCUGGCCAACCAAAGAUGAUGACUUCUUCCCAUAUGGUUCUGAUCCACAUGCCUAUUGGACUGGGUACUACACAUCCCGACCAACUUUGAAGCGUUACGAACGCGUUGGUAACCAUAAGCUUCAAGCCUGCAAACAAAUGACAGUUAUGUCGUUGAUGUCUUCUUCGACAUCAAACCAAACUGCAGAAAUGGAAGGUCAUUUAUCAUUCAUGAGGGAAACCAUGGGUAUUAUGCAGCAUCAUGAUGCAGUUACCGGAACUGAGAAACAAAAGGUCGCUAAUGACUAUGCCAAGAGGCUUAGUGUUGGAAUUAGAGCCUGUGAGGUGAACACCAAAAUUGCCCUUAACAAAAUCGCUACCGGAGAAGAUGCUCCGCCGAAAGAAAAUGACCCCAAGAAACGGGACUAUAAAUUUGAGUUCAAGAGUUGUGACCUUUUGAACAUAAGCAGUUGUGAUAUUUCGGAACAAAGUAAUAGGUUCAUUCUGACUUUGUACAAUCCUUUGUCGCAUUCGACCUUUGAGUAUAUCCGAGUUCCGGUGUCUGGACAUAACUACGAAGUUAAUGAUUAUAGAGAAGUUGCAAUUGAAUCACAAAUUGUGCCCAUUCCUGAAUCCAUUCGAUCAUUGAAGUUCAGAAAUUCCGAUGCCAAGUAUGAACUUGUAUUCAUGGCAAGUGAAUUGCCACCACUUGGCUACAAGUCAUAUUACAUUACAAAGAUCCCAGAUGAUGGACGUUUGGAACCAGAGGUUAAAAUGGUCAAACGGUCCUUCAUGACAACUAUUGGUAAUGAAUAUUUGAAACUCAGUUUUGACACCAAUGGAUUCCUGGCAGAAGUUGAUUCCGAUGGAGUCAAUCGUCAGAUAUCUCAGGAAUUUCUUUACUAUGAAGGUGCAUCUGGAAAUAAUUUCGAAUAUCGUAAUCGUUCUUCGGGGGCAUAUAUCUUCCGACCAAAUAACACAGUCCGAGUAGUAACAGAAAGCCCUGAAGUAAAAGUUUUCCGAGGGCCACUAGUCGAAGAAGUUCAUCAGGUUUUCAAUGAGUGGAUAACUCAAGUAGUUCGAGUCUAUCCUAAGGAAAACUGGGCAGAAUUUGAAUGGCUUGUGGGGCCGAUUCCUGUUGAAGAUGGCAUUGGCAAGGAAGUUAUAAGCAGGUUCAACUCAGACAUCAAGUCCAAUGGAAUGUUCUAUACAGAUUCGAAUGGCCGUGAGAUGAUGAAGAGAAAACGUAACCAUCGUGACACUUGGAAUGUAAAACUACUCGAAGAAGAAGCUGGCAAUUAUUAUCCAAUCACAACCAAGAUUGCUUUGGAAGAUGAUGAAGCUCGAAUGGCUAUUCUGGUGGAUCGGGCUCAAGGUGGAGCAAGUUUAUCAGAUGGUUCGUUGGAACUUAUGGUCCAUCGUAGAUUACUUCACGAUGAUGAUUUUGGAGUGGUGGAGGCUCUAAACGAAACAGCCUUUGGAGAAGGGUUGGUUGCAAUUGGUUGUCAUUAUUUGUUUGUUGGGUCAUCACAGAAUGAUGAAUCUCCAACAGCUAGGGCACGUGAGAGAUUCACUCAGAUGCAGAAACUACUGCCAACUGCGAAGUUCUUUAACGACGCAGAAAAGUUUCCUUAUGACGAAUGGAGGAUGAAUUACACAAAUAUUUUCUCAGGUCUAACUCUUUCACUCCCUCAAAACAUCAAUCUUAUGACCUUCGAGCCUUGGCAUGAAAAUGAAAUCCUGAUUCGUUUCGAGCAUAUUCUCGAAAAAGACGAAGAUCCCGAAUACUCAAAACCAGUGACUUUCUAUCUAAAAGAUGUUUUACGUCAGCUUGAUCUUGUUGACAUUCAAGAAACAACUUUAGAUGGCAACCAAUGGCUGGCAGAAAGUCGUCGAAUGGAAUUUCAACCUGAUCCUGAAGCAACGGAAUACGAUACAUUCCCCAAGUAUGGCAAAUCUUAUGGAAAUAUUCGACUGCAAUCGGCUAAGAGACCCAUGAUGGCAACUAAAUAUUUAGAUGAAUAUGUUCCAGUAUCGAAUAGAAUUCGACGAGGAAAUGAGAGAGUUCAAUUGAAUAAACUUCGAUCAGAAAAAUUGGCAAACAUGAAGAAAUUCGUUGGUGUCAAUAAAAUUGAUUUGAAGGAUGACGAUGAUAAGUUUAUUAUUGUCAUGGAACCAAUGCAAAUUCGGACGUUUGUUUUGACUUUGCAGCAAAAAAUUUGAGUUUAUUUAUCAAUAAAAAAAUAUAUUGACAAAA